AUGUGCUGGGCACUUACAUCGGCGGCAGCUGCUCUGGGCGCCUCAACUGUUGUGGCAGCAAAUCCAAACAACUUGGGCCGCGACUCCGGUCUGAAAUCAACCUCGUAUCACGAUGGAGCCGGGGUUUUGAAAUACGUCAAUCCUCUCAUCGGCACGCGUGGCAUCAUACCCGACAGCAAUGGAGGCAUGAUCCCCAGCAUCUCUACCCCAUUCGGCAUGACGAGAUGGACACCUCAAACCCGGGAGAAUUACAUUUCCCAAGUACCGUAUUCGGAUCUUGAUAGGCGAGUACAUGGAUUCCAGGCAACCCAUCAGCCUGCCAUCUGGAUGGGUGAGCAAGGCCAGAUGACGAUAACCCCGGGACUACUAGUUUCCGGGGACAGUAUUCGGACGCAGUUCCAGAAACGCGGGCUUGAGUUUCGAAAAUCGGAUGAAAAGAGCACGCCGUAUGUUUAUGAGGUGCUGCUGGAUGCUGACUCUAUAGGGGACUUUAACUGGAAUCUGACAGAGCAGUGGGCUCAUGAAGAGUAUGGCGAUGGGUGUCCUCCAUGUCCUGGCGGCGCGGGUACCGUCCCGGAGAGUGUAGAGGAGGGCUCGAAUGGCCGGGUGAGGAAGCGAGGUUAUACAGAUCGGUUUGAUGCGUUUGAGGAAAGAGACCUAGAUGAAUCCUCCUCGAAUUCGUCUGACGCAAACCUCGGGGGUUACGAGCAUUCCAUCAAAGCAGCCAUGUCUGCCACAUCUCACGUGGGACACAUCCGGUUCGACUUCCAAACGAAUUCGGGGUCCAAGUCGCAGAUUCGACCGUAUGUAGUGGUACAAGCUACACGCCUUAACUGGACUGGCCAUGUGGAAAUCGACCCCCAAAGGCGCGAGAUUUCAGGAAGCAAUACCCAGAGACAAGACUACGCCAUCGGGCCCGAUCAUCCCAAGAACUUUAGCGCAUUCUUCGUUUCCCGGUUUUCAGCGCCGUUUGAGUCCUACGGCACUUCUCAAGGGGGGAAGACGGAAAGGGGACACGGAAGCCUCCAUGGCAAGGAUGUUGGCGCAUAUGCGACGUUUGACACUGCCCACGACAGGAUUGAAGUUCGAACUGGCGUAUCGUUCAUCAGCGUUGAGCAAGCGCGAAAGAAUCUGGACAUUGAGAUUCCCGACAGCCAUUCUUUCGAAUCGACAGUGGAGCAGACCAAGAAAGCUUGGCUGGAUCAACUAGGCCGCAUCACGAUCGAGGGAGUUAACAAGACGGAUGCAGAGCACGAUCAGCGAGCAAUCUUUUACACGGGUUUAUUCCACUCCCUCCAAUAUCCCAACGACUAUUCGGAGCCUACAGGUUCCGAGGGUGUGAGCAAGCGGCGCUUUUACAGCGGCUACACGGACAGCGUGCACGAAGAACACGAUUCAUAUUAUCAGUCGUGGUCCAUCUGGGACACUUACAGGGCAGAACAUGCCCUCCUCACUCUGUUUGCUCCGGAGCGUGUGAAUUCCAUGAUGCGCUCGCUCCUCCGAAUCUUCGACUGGUCCGGCCGCCUACCGAUUUGGGCAAACAUGGUUGAAACAAACAUAAUGAUUGCUACCAACGCGGAUGCCGUCAUAGCAAAUGCCCUCGUCCGCGGGUUCAAUGAUUUCGACAUCCAGAAAGCCUGGAAAGCUGUCUACGCAGACGCCUACAUCCCGCCGGAGCGAGACACGUUGCUCCUGUACUUUGACAGGGAGCCCAAAACGCCGCAUGAAGCUAGGGCUGGUCUGACGAGUUACCUCGAGCACGGAUGGGUUGACAACGACAGAUGGGCAGAAGCAGCCAGCCGCACUCUUGAUUAUUCUCUCAACGAUUUCGCUGCUGCUGUGGUGGCCACAUACGCAGGGGACCAUGCUUCCGCAAAGCAACUCAUGACCCGGAGCCGCAACUACAUGAAGCUCUGGAACAACGAGACCCAAUUCAUGCAGACGCGCAACUCUAAUGGGACCUUUGCCAGGGAAGAUUGGGGCUGGACAGAGGGUGACAAGUGGGUAUAUACGUUUGACGUCAUGCACGACGCCGGCGGUUUGGCGUCAUUGUUCAAGGGCGGCAAAGCUGACAUGAAGGCCAAGUUGGACCAGCACUUUUCGGGCGGCCAUAAUAUGCACAGUAACGAGCCUUCCCACCAUGUGCCGUACUUAUAUUCAGCCAUCGGGUAUCCCAUGAGCUCCGCGGAGAAAGUACGUGACAUUGCAUGGACGGAGUACAACAACACUGCUGCGGGACUCAGUGGGAAUGAGGAUCUGGGGCAAAUGAGUGCGUGGUAUGUCUUCUCGGCUUUGGGUUUCUAUCCUUUGAACCCUGCGAGUGAUGAGUACGUUGUGGGGACCCCAUUCUUUGAUAGAGUUGAAAUUCGAUUGCCCUCAAUGUCUGGAGCAGACGGUCAUACACUUGUUAUAUCCGCACCCGGUGCUGGUACCCAAGGUAAAGCCUAUAUCAAGAGUCUCAAGGUGGACGGGAAGCCGGUUGACAAGCCACUUCUGAAACAUGAGGAUAUUGUGAAUGCCAGAAAGAUUGAGUUUCAUAUGAGCUCUGAGCCGACAGGGUGGGGGAGAAAGGGAACGGUGUAG